UUAUGACCGCAAAAGCCUGCGCCACAGUUACGAGAAACUGUCUAUUAAGCAGCUUAAACAAAAACUAAAAGCAAAAAGCCAGAGAACGAAAGGCCACAAACGGGAUUUGAUAGAAAGGCUUAUAGACGCCAGUUUAAGUGAAAUGGACAAAAAGGGGGACAGGAAAUCUCCCUCAGAAAACACGAACCUUAAACAAAGACAUUCUCAUUCAACUAACGGCGAUGUCAAUGAUAAGUCAAAUCUACUAGACAUUAUGCAUCAAGAAAGACAAGAACGAGAAAAAAUCGUCCUUUGGAGAAAACCAUUAAAGACUAUACACUUUUCUUGUCUGGAGACAGCCUCACUACUGAAUCAAGCUGGCAAAAAGUUAUUGAGACGGAAGAUCACUGUGGUGACGUCAUUGUUGAUGCUUUUAUCGCUUUAUCUCAUCUACAUUACUCAGGGAACACAUCAGCCAUAUGUUGAAGUAAUAGAGAAAUAUGUAUUAUGGUGUGCAUAUUGGUUAGGUCUUGGUGUACUAUCAUCUGUAGGUCUGGGAACAGGAUUACAUACAUUUCUACUAUAUCUGGGACCACAUAUUGCAGCAGUAACGUUGGCAGCUUAUGAAUGUAAAUCUACAAACUUUCCAGAACCACCAUAUCCCACAGAAAUAGUUUGUCCGGAAGGUGUUACAGAUGGCAACGCAGUAUCAUUAUGGACGAUAAUGAAUAAAGUCAGACUUGAAGCUAUUAUGUGGGGUGCUGGGACUGCACUAGGAGAACUACCGCCCUAUUUUAUGGCGAGGGCAGCCAGGCUGUCAGGGGCAGAUCUUGAUGAUGAUGAGUUUGAAGAAAUUGAAGAACUCAUACAUGAGAAAAAAGAGCAUCCCGAAGAAUUAGGAUUUAUGGAAAAAUCGAAAUUAGCUGUACAUAACCUUGUACAGAAAGUGGGAUUCUUUGGUAUCUUAGCCUGUGCAUCUAUACCAAACCCUUUGUUUGAUUUGGCAGGAAUCACAUGUGGCCAUUUUCUCAUUCCAUUUUGGACAUUUUUUGGUGCAACAUUAAUAGGAAAAGCUGUUAUUAAAAUGCAUAUACAGAAAUUAUUUAUUAUAUUCAUGUUUAGUGCACAUCAUGUGGAAACUAUAGUCAAGUUAAUAGGAAAAAUUCCCUCCAUAGGUAUAUCUUUACAGACACCAUUUAAAGAAUAUUUAGAAGUUCAGAAGAAAAAGCUUCAUCAUAAACCAGGAACUCAUGUCAAAUCUGAUUCCAAUCUGUUGGGAUGGAUAUUUGAGAAAGUUAUUAUUGUAAUGGUUGUAUAUUUUGUCCUGUCAAUCAUCAACUCCACAGCCCAGAGCUACCACAAAAGACUGUGUAAAGAAAAACACAAGAAAUCUCAAUCAUAAUUGGAGAUCUUAUGUUUAUCAAAAAACAGUGCAAAUAUUGUUCGUAAAACUGUACUACUGUUUGUGUGUGUAAUUGUGAGUUUCCAACCAUAGUAGGUUAAUUCUUUUAUACAAUGUAGCACACAUCAUUUCAGUUGUGUAGUUCAUUGAUUUGAUCUUUUCCUUUACUUUCACUGUAGUUAUUAUGUUUUUAAGAAUGGAAAUUCUAUUUUCUCAUAAUUUUCAAUUUUAUUAUUUUUAAGUUAUUAGUUUGAUUUUGAAAUAUUAUGAAACUUCACUAUUAAAAGUUGAUAAAAGAAUUAAUUUAUUAUGGUAUAUUUAUUGUAUUUGAAUGUUUGUAAUAAGAAUUCUGAAUAACUUAUUUUUAAUAGAUACAAUUGGAUAUAUUAAUGGAAAGCUUCACUCUGUUGAAGUUCAUUUCAAUGAAGAGGAUGACAAUGCUGUUGUUUUCAGCACAACAUUCAUAGUAAAAAAACUGUUCUUGAAGUUAAUUUUCAAUGAAAAUAAAAAUACUGUAAAUUCAGAAAUGAUCGCAAAUAAUGCGACUCUGUGAGUAUCGCAAUAAUAAGAACUCGCAUUGUGAUAUCUGAUACAUAUCUUUUUAUGUAGUUUUUCCUAAAAUUGCAAUAAUUACACUCGCAUUCUAGUUCAUUCUUCAGAAAUCCCAAUGAUAAAUGCACGCAAUAAUUUCUGAAUUUACAGUAAGGAGAUGUGGUAUGAUUGAUGCCAGAUUUCAAAUAACGUGGAUAUAAGCAAUGAUAACUCUCCUAAGAUCACAUUUUUGUUGUUUCCUAAACCUGAAUUAAGACCUAAAUAUUUAUACAGUACAUAUGCUCUUCCCUUUUGAGGUGAAUUAAGUAAAUAUUUAACAGUUGUUUAAUCACACCCUAACACAAUAACCCUGUCAGAUUUUUUUAUACGACCGCAAAAAAUUUGUGUUCGUAUAUUGCUAUCACGUCGUCCUCGUCGUCGUCCUCCUCAUUUGGUUUCCGGACAAUAACUUUAGUUUAAGUGUAUGUAUCUCUAUGAAAUUUAACCAAAAGGUUCAAUACCACAAAAGAAAAGUUGGGAUUGUUUUUUUGGGGUGAUGGUCCCAACCGUUUAGGAAUUAGGUGCCAAAAAGGGGCCCAAAACAAGAAUUUUUCUAGUUUCAGGACAAUAACUUGUGUAUAAGUAUUUUGAUUGCUCUGAAAUUGUACCACAAGGUUCAGUACCACAAGUAGAAGGUACGGAUUCAUUUUGGGGGUAAUUGCCUAAACCAUUCAGGAAUUUUUUUUCCUCAAGAUUUAAGAAAUUAUCAAUUUUCCAUAAAAAAAAUUGGGGGUCACAAUUUAUUUUGCUAAUUCUUUGUAUAUAGUCUGAAAACAGAUUUACUAAGUAUUGAGCAACAGCACAGUGUAUUGCACAACAGCAAGAAAUCUUCAAUUGAAUAUAAAUUCAAAUCAUAUAACCAAUUUCAAGUAUCAAAUAUAUAAUUACAAUCCAAAUUCUGACCUGUAUCAAGCUUGAAUAUUGUGUCCAUUUUUGCCCCAACUGUUCAGGGUUGGACCUCUGCAGUCGUAUCCAGCUGCGCUCGGCGAGGCACAUUUUUUUUGGUCUUAAUAUGUAAUUUCAAUACUUGUGCAGUUGGGCAAUUUAUUAUAAGCUAUAAUGCUUUCUGUCAUUUAAUUGUGUUUUUUCCGCAUUAUAUUGAAAAUCUGGGACUGAUACUUCAGAAUUGAAUGCUUCUUUUUGCAAAUUUAUUAGGUGUAAAGCAUCGACUGAAGCCUAUUUUGAUGUAUUGUGUAAAUGCUUCAUUCUAAAAAAUGUGCACAAGACCAAAAACACUUUUGCAACCCUAUAAAAUUACAAAAGAAAUCAUUCAAUAUUUAUAAUUUCAUUUUUAUGCUUCAACCAUGAAAUUAUAGGUAAAAUAAAGUUUUUUUUGUUUCUCUUUGCAUUGUUGUCAUAGGUAGCAUGUGAAUUCAUGAAAGUUACAUUUUAAUGUGAAAUAGAAUAUAAUUUUGGAAUGCCUUGCCAUUGUUGUCUGCAGUUUUCACCAAAAUCUUUUCCAACUACUAGUUCAAAGGCCAAUAUUCCCACAAUGUUCUUAUGUUUAUAAACAAAUAUUUGCAAAUACUUGCUUGUCCAAAUAAAAUUAACUAGUCUGGGGCAACAGACUAGUGGUUAAUGGUGCAGACUCUGUCUGCCAAUCAAAAUUACAAAUUCUUAUGAAACAUUUAUGUAAUGUAAUUAUAUAUCUAUUUGUCCCACUGAUAACAAAAGUGAUAAUAAGACAACAUUUGAAAUAGUUUAUAUUUUUAUUACUGAAAUGGUACGCAUUUGUAUGCAAAGAACUUGUAGCGACAUUCAUAGAUUUGUUUUUACAUUACCCCUACAUUCCUUACCUGUAUUUGAACUAUUUAAUAAGGUAUACAUUACUAUGUGUCGUAAUUAGUAUUUUGUUUCUAGACAAUGUUCCUAGGAAGCUUUUUUUUUCUAAUCAAUACGACUUGUAGAUUUAACCAUUGUUUCAUAUUUUAUAGAUUAGAAGUGAUACCAUCUUAUGAGUCUGAACAUUGGGCAUUAUUGUUAACAGA